AUGAAGAAGACAGAACCUACAAAAGUUGCAAAGCUAACUGCCACCAUUUAUUCUUUUGGACCAAUAUGGAAGACUUACAGGUGACUUUAGUCACUGAAAUUGGUGCUUGGAAGCAAAAUUUCCAGCAUAUAUGGAUAAGAUUUUCUUAAUAUCCGAGGCUUUCAUGGGAAAUUUCAUCAUUCCCUCCACCGGUUAAGCUUGAGAAUUUUUGGUUUUUGGCUCAAUCUUUGUAAUCCAAAUUCUAUGGCAACUACACUGGCUUCUCAUUCUCUAGGCCAUUGUCUUCUGCCUCUGCUGCUGCUGCUUCUGCUUCUGCUACUGCUGCUGUUAGUUUCGAGUGAUGCUCAAAUUUCUCGUAACUUUACUUCGGGCUCAUCCCUCAUUGCGAGAGACAACAAUUCCUUUUUGGCGUCCCCGAAUGGUGAUUUCGCUUUUGGAUUCCAACAGGUUGGAAGUGGAGGCUUCUUGCUAGCUAUUUGGUUCAACAAAGUACCUGAAAGGACCGUAGUUUGGUCAGCCAACCGCGAUAGUCUGGUGCAAACUGGAUCCAGAGUUCAACUUACCACUGAUGGAGAAUUCAUGCUCAAUGACCCUAAAGGUAAACAGAUGUGGAAGGCUGAUCUGAACAGUACUGGAGUUGCCUAUGCAGCCAUGCUGGACACUGGAAACUUUGUGCUUGCAGGCCACAAUUCCACCUAUCUGUGGCAGAGCUUCAAUCAUCCAACAGACACAAUAUUACCCACCCAGAUACUGAAUCAAGACAGCAAACUUGUUGCUCGUUUCUCGGAGGUGAAUUACUCAAGUGGAAGAUUCAUGCUUAUAUUGCAAACUGACGGGAAUCUUGUGCUUUACACUACUGAUUUCCCAAUGGAUUCUGUAAAUUCUGCAUAUUGGGCAACUGGCACUGUACUCGGCGGGUUUCAGGUGAUCUACAAUGAGUCUGGUGACAUAUACCUCAUAGGGAACAACAGGAGAAAACUCAGUGAUGUACUGUCAAAUAAAGAACCAACAGGAGAAUUCUAUCAGAGAGCAAUUCUUGAAUAUAAUGGAGUUUUCAGACAGUAUGUCUACCCGAAGUCUGCUGGCUCAGGUGCUCCUAUGGCCUGGUCCCCUUUAUCCGCAUUCAUACCUGAAAAUAUCUGCACAAAUAUUACCGCUAGUACAGGCAGUGGAGCUUGCGGGUUCAACAGCUACUGCACACUAGGAGAUCAUCAGAGACCUAUUUGCAAGUGCCCUCCUGGUUACACCUUUUUGGAUCCACACAAUGAAGUGAAGGGAUGCAGACAGGACUUUUAUCCAGAGAUUUGUGAUGAAGGAUCUCAUGAAACAGGUAGGUUUGAUUUUGAAAGGAUGACAAACGUGGAUUGGCCAACGUCAGAUUAUGACCGAUUUCAACUAUUUACUGAGGAUGAUUGCAGAAAAGCUUGCUUGGAAGAUUGUUUUUGUGCGGUUGCAAUUUUCAGAGAUGGGGAUUGUUGGAAGAAGAAAAUCCCUCUUUCAAAUGGGAGGUUUGAGUCUACUAAUGACCGAAUAGCUCUCAUUAAAGUAGAGAAGAAGAAUUCUUCUUUCCCACAUGGAGGUGAAGGUUUUAAGGACAAGCAUGAGUCCAUUCUGAUCCUUGCUGGAUCAGUGCUGCUAGGCAGCUCGGUGCUUCUGAAUGUUCUUCUCCUCCUAGCAACUGCUACAUUCAUCCUCCGCUUGUAUUGCAGAAAACCAGCGAUCAUUGAACCACAACAAGUCAUGGUGGGAAGAAACCUACAAAGUUUCACUUACCAUGAGCUGGAGGAGGCCACCAAUGGAUUCAAGGAUGAACUAGGAAAGGGGGCUUUUGGAACAGUCUACAAAGGGAGCUGCAAUGGAAAUCUGGUUGCAGUAAAAAAGUUAGAAAGGAUGGUGAAAGAAGGAGAGCGGGAAUUUGAAACAGAAGUGAGUGCGAUCGUCAGGACAAAUCACAAGAAUCUAGUCCAACUUCUGGGGUUCUGCAAUGAGGGGCUACACCGGCUUCUAGUAUAUGAGUUCAUGAGCAAUGGCUCCUUAGCAACCUUCCUAUUUGGAAGUUCAAGACCUAAAUGGCACCAAAGAAUACAGAUUAUCCUAGGAACUGCAAAAGGCCUUCUGUACUUACAUGAAGAGUGCAGCAUCCAGACCAUACAUUGUGACAUCAAGCCUCAAAACAUUCUCCUGGAUGACUCCUUAACAGCAAGGAUAUCAGACUUUGGAUUGGCUAAGUUUCUGAAAACAGAUCAGACGCGAACCAUGACUGGAAUCAGGGGAACCAAAGGCUAUGUUGCCCCUGAGUGGUUCAAGACAGUGCCCAUUACAGUCAAGGUUGAUGUUUACAGCUUUGGAAUUGUGUUGCUUGAGCUCAUAUUCUGCAGGAAGAAUUUUGAAGUGGAGGCUGAGGACAAAAGUCCAGUCGUAUUGGCUGAAUUGGCAUACUAUUGCUACAAAGAAGGGAAACUGGAUAUGCUACUGGACAAUGAUGAAGAGGCACUGGAAGACAUGGAGAGGCUGGAGAAGUUUGUGAUGAUAGCAUUUUGGUGCAUUCAGGAUGAUCCACAUCAAAGGCCUGGAAUGAAGAAAGUCACUCAGAUGCUUGAAGGAGCCAUUGAAGUUUCUUCUCCUCCAGACUCAUCCUCAUUUACCCUUUCAGUUUGAUGCUUUCCAUAUAGGCAUAUAGAUAGAUAAUAAUGAUGGCAAUUCACUUAUUUUGGAUUGUUGGUACUGUACUUCAGUUUUUAGUAUCAGACAUCAUGAAGAUAUCAAGUUGUAAUGUAUAACUAAUGUAUGGUUUUGCGUUAUUCUCUAGUCAAUUAUCAAGUUUUUAGUAUUGUUUGGUGUCUGAUUA